GACAAACAGAUAUCAUAUCCCAUGUACGUACACACACGGGCUGCGAUCGUUCCUAGUCCCGGGACGCUAGACUAGUCACAAAUGAUAUCAACUUUUCUGAGUUUUUAAAGGAUUUGGCCCGACUUCUGACGUUGCAUGUACUGAAGGACAGUGGAAGGCAUCAUCAGUUAGUUGCUGAAAAAUUUCAUUCAAGUCAAAGCUCGGACUGUUCUCGUCGACAAUAGUUUAUGCGGCGAUUCCAAAUUUUUUUGUCUAAAGAGGGAAAGAAUAAGGCAGAGAAAAGAAUGAAGUUGGCAUCAAUUUUGUACCUUUGCUUGAGUGCAAGCCUAGCUAUUAUCCAAUCAGGAUGCACUGCCAAGAUCAAGGAGAAGUAUUACCCAAACAUAUCCAAGAAUGUGAUUGCAUCCGUGACCUAUGACCCUUCCCAGGAGACCUUUGAACUUGUGGAAGGCAGGAUCGAGAAUGCAGUGGCAUGGGCAAACUUUACAGAUGCUAUUAAUCAGACAGGAUGGUCUCAUCUGACAGUGACAACCAAUGGGUCUUACACUGAUUCCAUCCAAGCCUAUGCUGCUGGUUUAGCUGAGGGUCAUGUUUCUGCAACAUUCAUCUUUAUGAAUUGGAUUAAUACAAUCAAUACAUUCUGUCAAGAUGAGACACAGUACUGUCAGAAACUCAAAACCUUCCUGACUACAAACCUGGAAUGGAUGCAGCAGCAGAUCAAACUCAAGUCUCAGGAUCCAUAUUUUCAUCAGCUGAAUCUUCUAUUGCUACAGAUAUCAGGAUUAGAGGAUGGCUAUUUAGGAUUACCAGCUAAUCCUCAGAUAGACCUAGAUCCAUUUGGAUUUCUUCUCUUCCAAACCGGUGGUGAUUUGGAAGAUCUAGAGAGUGCCCUCAGCAAAUCCAGGAAGCAAAGAAUGCCUGGAGAUGGGCAUUGCUCUGCGCUUAUUAAACUGUUGCCUGGCAACACGGACCUCUUUGCAUCACAUGACACAUGGGAUGGAUACCAAGGCAUGCUCAGGACCAUCAAAAAAUACAACUUUGCUUUUCAUCUCACAGAAACAUCUGAUGAAGUUAUCCCCGGUCAAACAGCAGCCUUCUCAUCUGCCCCUGGUAUGGUUUUGUCUGGAGAUGAUUUCUACAUUACCAACUCCGGCCUGGUGACCAUAGAGACAACCAUCGGCAAUUCUAACAAUGAACUGUGGAAGUAUGUCCAGCCUAGUGGUCAGAUUUUAGAAUGGGCCAGGAAUAUAAUCGCCAAUCGAUUGGCAAAGAAUGCAUCACACUGGGCGGACAUCUUUACAAAAUACAACAGUGGCACGUACAACAAUCAAUGGAUGAUUGUUGAUUAUAACAAGUUUACUCCAGGUCAGACUCCUUCAGAUGGACUUCUUGUGGUAUUAGAACAAAUCCCUGGAACAAUACAGGCAGAAGACAUGACAUAUUACUUGAGAGAGCAUUCCUACUGGCCAUCCUAUAACAUACCGUUCUUUGAGGACAUCUAUGACAAGAGUGGCUGGCCUGCCAAUAAGCGCAGGUAUGGUAAUUGGUUUUCAUACAAUAAGACAGCGAGAGCAAACAUCUUCAGAAGAAAUGAGACGGAUGUGACUGAUCUGAAAUCUAUGAUAAAUCUCAUGAGGUAUAAUAACUUUGAGCAUGACCCACUGUCUGCUUGUGAUUGCAACCCACCAUACAGCGCAGAGAAUGCCAUCGCUGCAAGAUCUGAUCUGAAUCCGGUCAAAGGUCACUAUCCAUUUUCAGCUCUUGGUCAUCGUUUACAUGGAGCUACAGACAUGAAGGUAACUACAAGUUCAAUGAUGAAGAGUCUUUCAAUGAUUGCUGUUUGUGGACCAACCCAUGAUCAACAACCUCCUUUCCAGUGGAGCAAGUCUGAAUUCAACCAAACUCUUCACCUAGGUCAUCCUGACUUGUUUGAUUUCAAACCCAUUGAGGUGGUAUGGUCUGAUUAGACGAGGGAAGACAUUGGUCAUUGGGAUGUUUGAUACAAUAAACAUAAAAGAAUUCAAGAGAAUAUAUAUAUAUAUAUAGAGGGUAACAAGAUGUUUAUUAUGGGCCUAACCCCUUAAUUUUUCAUGUCACAGUAGAAAAGGAGGAGAGGAAGAGAGUGCAAGAGUGUGUGCAAGAGAGAGAGAAGAGGGGGGGGGGGUGCUAAAAGGAAGGUGGGAGAGAACUUUCAAUGUUGUCCAGUCUUGAUGAAGUCAGUGUUACAACAUGAAUACAACAUAUUAACUGAUUUGUAAUAAAAAUAGGAACUGUUACCAAAGAACUUGUGGAGUUCACUUUUAACUGGAAUUCUACACAUUGUGAUUCUACAGAAUAUUUGCAAUUGUAUGUAAGAGUAGGUAAUAAAAUGAGUAUUGACAGAAGGAUUUGAAUUGAGACAGGACAGAAUUUUGAGGCUGCAAGGAAUAAUCCAAAAUAGAAAGAGGUAAAGGAUUAAAACAUGCACAUGUAGAUUUUAGAGUAUUUUUUAUUUUUUAAUUGAGCACUGUGGAAAAUUGUUGUUUAAAGGAGAAAAAUUAAAAGAAAUCAAAUUUGUACUUGAUUCUAAUUUUAAGAUUCUAAUUUUAAUUGUCACUGAUGUAGAUGGCGCCAAAAUAUUUCUCAUGUAUUUUCAUAUAAGGGGUAUACAGUGCAGAUAAAAAAAGUUUACACUUUGAAAUAAUCCUGUAAAAUUAUAUAUUUGUAAUAUCUUGAAUAUUUUUCCACGAUAUAACUGUUGAAAAAUCUUUCCGCUUGAGUGGCCACCACUUGCUUUUGAAAAGUUCGUGAAAAUGAUUUGUGCAGAACUUGGAAAUAGUUAUAUGAAUAAAAGUAGCUAGGCAGAUUGAUUUGAAGAUAUUGUUUACCUUUUUAAUUUGUUUCCUGCUCAAGACACUUCAGAGAGCGCCAUUGGCCCCCCCCCCCCCCACACACACACCGAGGCUAUCGUGAUAUGCUGUGAUUCACAUGAAAUGGCUUAGGCUUGAUUUUCCUUCAUUGUCAAGUUUGGAAAAGUGUGGAGAAACUAGUACGGUAUUAAAUGAAGUAUGAAAUAUAAACCCACUUUUAAUGAUAAAUUAUUGCUGGAGAUGUCUGAAAUAAACUUUUGUUUACAUUCAGUUAUGUCCUCAGAUCCAGCUAGCACAAAAAAGAUAAAGGUUGAGCUUACCGGUACCUCAGGUUAAAAUUUUAAUUUGUGUGGCAAAGUUGUUACAAAAUGUUUAUAUGUAUCUGGCUUAAUUGGCUGAAAAUGUAAAAGAAAAGUGUGAGAAAUGUACCACAAUCAGUUUGUUUUUGCCUUUUUUCCUUUACUCAGCGUGAAAAUGAGCAUUUCUGCACAAACCGUUUUCUGCGAGCUUUACAAAAAUGCACAGUGCUCACUUAAGUGCAACAGUCUCUCAAAUUUUUUACUUCCAUUUGAUAGAUGAGACCGAAAACCAAGAAUAUAUUUAAACGAAUUAUCCUCAUGUUUUAUAAUUCUUAAUUCCCAGAACCUUUUCAAAGUGUAAACUUUUAAUUUAUACGCACUGUAUAACAAGAAUAUUACAAAUAAAUUUGACUACCAGUAAGUCAAAUAUUUUGAGACUACAGAUAUCUGUUUGAAUUAUAUGAGGUAUAUAACACAUGAUUUGUAUAAUCUGGUAAAAAAACUGGACAGACUUGUGCCAAUUUCUGACUUUUGGAGAGUUAACUUAUUAUGGAAGUUUGCCCAUACUCUGAAAUUGGAGGUAGUUGUGUGUUUCAAUUCUGUUGGAAUACAUGCUGGAAAUGAAAUACAAAUACCAUUAUGUUGGGGGGGGGGAGGUUUUGGAAUAGAUGGCAAUUUCCUUUAAAAAAACUACAGAAAAAAAACCUUCUUUGAUCAUGUUAAGGCUUUCAUUUCAUGUUUGAUCUUUGCAUAUUUUCCAUGAUCUGAAAUAAAUUAUGUGCAAUGUUGUGAGUGUAAAGAGGUUUGAGUGAAGUUAAAGAGGAGUAUUUCACAGAGAACAAAAUUGACUUGAAUUGCUCUUAAAUUGGGACCAACAGGUUUCACUCUAGUAGUCGGUCCUAUGAAGAAUGUGUGAUUUGAGUGAUAUUAUUAUUUUGACAAUGAUACAUCAUCUUUCUAUAACAAUGAUGGUGAAAAGUGGUUAUAGAAGAACUGUCCUAUGAGGAAAGGGGGUGCAAAGACGGUGGUUUCCUCAUGGUAGAAAUCUACCCAGGAAAGUGUUCCUUAUAUCUCUCCUACGGGUGAGAGGAACACUUGGCAGUGAUGGCCUACCUUUUUAAAGGUCAAGUCCACCCCAGGAAAAUGCUAACUUGAAUAGAGAAAAAUCAAACUAGCAUAGUGCUGAAAAUUUCAUCAAAAUCGGAUGUAAAAUAAGAAAGUUAUGACAUUUUAAAGUUUCGCUUAUUUUUCACAAAACAGUGAUAUGCACAACUAGGUGAGUCAGUCGAUGAUGUCCAUCACUCACUAUUUCUUUUGUUUUUUAUUGUUUAAAUUAUACAAUAUUUCAUUUUUUAUAGAUUUAACAAUAAGGACCAACUUGACUGAACCAUAUAGUAGUAAACAAUGCUAAUUCUACAUGUUCAGGGAGUAAUUAAUUGUUGUAUCACUUGACAAUGAGGAGAAAAUUAGAAUAUAUCAUAUUUCAUAUAAUAAAAUACAAAAGAAAUAGUGAGUGGAUGAUGUCAUAGUCUCCUCAUUUGCAUACCAGCCAGGAUGUGCAUAUAACUGUUUUGUGAAAUUAAGCAAAACUUUAAAAUGUCAAAAGUUUCUUAUUUUACAUCCCGAUUUUGAUGAAAUUUUCAGUGUUAUGCUUGUUGGAUUUUUUUCUUUUUAUAUAAAUCAACUUUUUGUUGGGGUGGACUUGUCCUUUAAGGUGUGAUUUUAGUCAAAUCUUAGUUCUUGUGAUACUCCUCAUACAUCAUGCUUUUCCCCUCAUGGUGUAUGAUUUAUGUAUUGUCUUCAUAUAAACAUUUAUAUUAUGUUUCUCCAUAUAAAAAUAGUACAAAGUAUAACUACAUCAUAAAAUAAGAAUAGAGUUUAAUGAAUAAACAGUAAAAUCAGAGUAGUAUAUUGAUAAACCUUUGAUUUAUCUGGUUAGUGUGAUGACUUGAAUGUCUGAUGAAGCUUGCAGCCAUGCAUGUGAAAGCUACAAAAAAAAAGGUAAAAUUUCAUGAUUGUGAAAAAAAUAUUUUCUCAACGAAAUAUCAGUAUUUUAUGCAUUCCAAUCAUACAUGUCUCAAUGGAAUAGAGAUCUUAUUGGAAAAUAUUCCCCAUAUAAACAAUGAAAUUUCCCUGCUUUCGACUUCCUUUUCUAACAUAUGUCAGAACUAAUUUUGGUGUAAUAUCUAUGUAUCCUUGAAAUAUAUGCUCCAUAAUUAUAAGCAAAACAAUUUUUUUUUCAUUCAAAGCCACUUUUGCAAAGUCCACAUUUCACAUUCUCAUUGUUGUAUACUAAUGUGUAUUUUUUUAUUUUGAAUGGAAAGUGAAAGAAUAAAAAUAUUGUUUUCACGUAAAUACAU